UCCUAUAAAAUAUCAAGUCCAGUAGUUCUGUUGAGUUGUAUUGUAUUUAUCGCUAAUGCAAAGGAGAAACCACACAAUACUAAAACUAUAUAGAGGUAGAUAAUCGUGAAAAUGCAGAUUUCAAGCUCCGUCGCUGGAGACGUUUCGUUGGUACUAUCCUCCACCACGCACACCUCCAGAUCUCUUCUCUUUCCCUAUCUCUCUCCUGCGACUCUCAAAAGAUGCCCUUCAUCAUUCAGUUUAAAGUUAGGGGUGGGAUCAUACACUACCAGAGCAAGAACCUUGACUGUGAAAGCAUCAGGAGAUCCUAGUCCUGAUUCAUCUCGACUUGCUCCUCUUGAGCUGGAGUCCCCAGUUGGUCAGCUGUUGGCACAAAUUCUGCACACCCACCCACAUCUGCUUCCUGCAGCCAUUGAUCAGCAGCUUGAGAACUUAACAAAUGAAAGAGAAACCCAACGUGAAGAAGCUACUUCUUCUCAAGAUCUAGCCCUCUACAGGAGAAUAGCUGAAUUGAAGGAGAAGGAAAGGCAGAUGGCUGUUGAAGAAAUUAUUUACUGCUUGGUCGUACAAAAGUUUUUGGACAGCGGAAUUUCUCUGAUCCAGAAGGUAUCAGCAACCUCUGAUCCUGUUGGGAGAGUGGAUUUCUGGCCAAAUCAAGAAGAUAAGUUAAAAUCUGUACACUCCCCUGAAGCAUUUGAGAUGAUCGAGAGCCACUUAUCACUUGUUCUUGGGGAUAGGGUAGUUGGUCCUGUAAAUGACAUUGUUCAGAUUAGCAAACUAAAACUCGGAAAGCUGUAUGCUGCUUCUAUUAUGUACGGAUAUUUCCUGAAAAGAGUUGAUGAAAGGUUUCAACUUGAACAAUCCAUGAACACCCUUCCUGAAGGUUUUAAAGAAGAGCAACCAACUUUUCAGCAACCAGAACCACAAAGCCCAUUCUGGGAUCCAGAUUCAUUGAUAAGGUUAAUGCCGGAUGAUGGAGAUGGAGGAUCACUAGAUUCUCUUGAAGACAAGUCAUAUAGGUUAAGAUCUUAUGUUAUGUAUUUGGAUGCGGAAACACUCCAGAGAUAUGCGACUAUUAGAUCAAAAGAAGCAAUUUCUUUGAUUGAAAAGCAGACGCAGGCUUUGUUUGGGAGGCCUGAUAUCAGAAUUGCUGAAGAUGGUUCCCUUGAUACAAGUAGUGAUGAAGUGGUUUCUGUCACAUUUUCUGGCUUGACAAUGCUGGUCUUGGAGGCAGUUGCAUUUGGUUCUUUUUUAUGGGAUGCAGAAAGCUAUGCUGAAUCAAAAUAUCACUUUACAAAGGGCUGAGGUAGUGUUUCCUUUUUCCUUUUCUUUUGUGGAAAUUUUAGGUCCUUUGUAAAUACAGUUUAUACCAGAAGUUCAGAACAUGCUAAUUCAGGGUCCUCUGCUGUGAAAUUGAUCUGCAAGUAUCUCCCUUGGUGUAUGUAGUCAGACUCAUAGCUGAACAAAUUGCUCAAUCGACUGUACAUUACGAUGACUGGUGUAUCUUGAUCACAAACACUCGAGGGCUGUAUUUAUUUUGCUUUUUAUCUCGGUACUGGUUGGUAGCAACUGCAAAGAAGGCAAAGUUUUGUUCCGUCUAUUUUGCCA